UAGUGUCCGCUCGGGCCAGUCCGCCAAUCAGAUCGGUUCGCGCCUUGGGCCCGCACGCGCGCGGUUAUCAAAAUGCGAAUGGCUCCAGAGCGGCGGGCGGCGGCAUUAAUUAAACUAUAACAAAAUAACUUAUAGCCGGCCGUAAUCGAGCACGGAGUCAAAGCACAAGCGACCUUCGCGCCGCGAACACAUCCUGCGUGCAUAUAGCACAAUAACAAAACAAAUACAAAGUACACAAUAAAUAAAACGACAAAAACGUCGCGGUCCGGUUUGGCUCUCUUCGUUUGCUUCGCGUUUAUAGCGAAAGAGUUUAAUAAAAACAAAAUUGCUUGUAAAGUGUCUACUAAGUCUUCAGUUACGUUUAAAAUGUAUCCAUGAAUGUGUUGUGAUAAAAUAAAACUAAUAAAAUUAAAUGCAAUUAAAAUUUAAGUGCUCUUCUUGUUAGAAGUUUGAAUUAAAUGUCAAAAAGAUAAUGUUAAUAACAGAACGCGCGAGUGUUGUGUAUUAAGUGAAAUUAUAGUCUUAUAAAGUUAAAGUUACAACAUAAGUAAAUAUAAAGUGACCGUGAAAUAAUUUGCAAGUUUGGUACGGCGGGCGUCCUCUUGAUUACCAUACGACUAUGGCGGGUAGCUGCCGGUGGCUCUUUUGGGCCUUAGCACUAUGUGCAGUGCAGCUCGUGCUGUGUUCUAACCAGGAAGCAGUUGAAGAUACAGUCGCACACGCCUAUGUGCCAUCAUGGAUGUACAAGUGUAUACCAGAAGAGGGUUGCGAGAGGACCACGCACCCUCAACACGAGACCUUGAGGAACGUCUCCACAAUGAUGUUCAACAGCCUGGAUGUCUGCCGAACUGUUUGCGGCCGGUUCGGGGGACUCUGGCCACGGCCCGUCACGGCCGCCAUUGGAAUGCAGACUGUUAAGAUACAUCCUAAUUAUAUCAGAUUCGACUUACAAAGCGUGCCAACAGAAGCUCUGUCGCUGAUGGUGGAAAUGACGAAGCUGGUGGCUCCAGCACUAGUGGCCGAGUGUGAUGGAGAGGUGACAGACAUAGUGGAGACUCCCGUCAUGGUCUACCUCAACGUGAAGAGUAGCAACACCUCGCUAACUUGGAGCACUAGUGAGGAGUAUAAGCUGGAUGUGCAGACUAAAGAAGACCAGAUCUUAGUUCACGUGAAUGCCGAAACGAUAUACGGCGCGCGCCACGCUUUGGAAACCUUCACCCAACUGGUAGCAUCUGACAAACCCACCUUCUCCGACCAGCAUGAAUGCAGCCUCCGUCUUGUGUCUGGUGCUAAGAUCCGAGACAGACCGGUCUACCCUCACAGAGGUCUUCUACUUGAUAGCAGUAGACAUUUUAUACCCAUGGAAGAUGUGAAAAGAACUAUAGAUGGAAUGGCGAUGAAUAAACUGAAUGUAUUCCACUGGCAUGUUACUGAUACGCACAGUUUUCCUUUGGAGUCUACUAGGGUGCCGCAGUUUACAAGGUAUGGUGCAUACUCAGCGAAAGAGAUCUACACGGCUGAAGAAGUUCGGGAGCUGAUCAAGUAUGCUCAAGUGCGCGGUAUUCGCGUGGUCAUAGAAAUCGACUCGCCCGCACACGCUGGUAACGGUUGGCAGUGGGGACCCGAAUACGGUCUAGGGAACCUAGCAGUUUGCGUGAACAAGUGGCCUUGGCGCAGCUUAUGCGUGCAGCCGCCGUGUGGACAGAUGAACCCCGCCAACCCGGCACUGUACCGGGUGCUCGGAGACUUGUACAAGGACAUCGCUGAGGCUUUACCGGCGCCGGCGCUGCUUCACGUCGGAGGUGACGAGGUAUACGUCGAAUGCUGGAACACAACAGAGGAGAUCACAGACUACAUGAAAGAGCAGAACUAUGACCCGAACACUGACGGUUUCUUCAAGCUGUGGGCGGAGUUCCAUCAGAAAGCCUUGAAAGCUUGGGACGAGGCACUUGAGUCUGUCGGAACCCCUAAACAACCCGUCAUGCUGUGGUCUUCUGAACUCACGCAGGCACAUAGGAUCUUCAAACAUCUUGAUAAAGAUAGAUACGUAAUUGAAGUCUGGGAGCCUGUCAGCAGUCCCCUACUGCACCAGCUGAUAAAAAUGGGGUACAAAACGGUGUCCAUUCCUAAGGACAUCUGGUACUUAGACCGAGGUUUCUGGGGGAACACCAAGUAUAACAAUUGGAGGAGCAUGUAUUCACAUACCCUGCCCAGAGGUGAUAAGUUCCUGGGAGGAGAAGUCGCUAUGUGGACUGAAUAUAUUGAUGAACAGGGUCUAGACACUCGCAUCUGGCCCCGCGCGGCGGCGGUGGCGGAGCGGCUGUGGACGGACCCCACGGCCAGCGUGUACGUGGCCGAGCCGCGCAUGCAGCGCCAGCGCGCCCGCCUCAUCAAGCGCGGCCUCAGCGCCGACGCCAUCUCGCCCGCCUGGUGCACGCAGCACGACGGUAAGUGCUUCUAGGAACAUUGCCGCACUGGAGACAAAGAGACACGCCUUGAUAGAUAGAUGAUAUUGUAUUAAAAAGUCAGGUGCCAGCCUUUUUAAACUGGCAGAUUUUCUGAAGUCAUUUCUGAAGUCAUUUCAGCUUUUGAAAAUUCAUACUAUACCCCUAUAAAACAAUUGCAAUGAUUAAUUGAAGAUCUGUAAUAUAUUUUGAAUAACCACAAAACUGAUCCGGCCUUUUUAGCCAUUUACCAAGAUUCAAGAUUUGUCUCAGAUUUGUCUCAGGCAUGCCCAAAAAUUUUUUUGUGUAGGCACACAGUCACUACAAAAUUCGGCUCUUACCAUCUGUAUUAAAUGUAUACGUAGAAUUUAUGGAACUGUGUACCUACCUACUAAUUGUAUACUAUUGUGCCUUAGUCAUAUUCUAAAAUCACCAGCAUUAUAUUAGGUAUGCAAGCAACGUCAAUUCCAUAGGAAAUAUAUUGUUUUUGAUAAAUAUUGAAUGGUAUAUUACUGGUAAAGCAAUUUUCGCCAUUUUUUGUAGUUAAAUUAUCUGAACAAAAUAAUUCAUCAAUUUUCUAUGUAACUACGAUGAUGGUAAGACUUAUAUUAUGUCUUGUAUCGAUCUCGACUAUAGGAACUCUCAAAACAAAUAUUUUUCAAUUUAAUUCAUAAUCUAAAAUUAUGAACAAAUGCAAAAAAAGACUUAAAACGCAAUUUACAAAACGAGGGUUCCUAUUAUCUUUUAUAUAAAUAUUUCUAUAUAUUUAUGAAGCUUAAAAUUUAUUAUAAGUGUACUUAUUAAUUUUUAUAAACGCAGGGCAUUUUGUAAGCAGUGUAAGAACUUACUAAAAUGUUAUUGUACAUUUUCAUAAUAAUAGCUCUAGUGUUAGUAUGCGUAAUUUAUUCCCCUUUAAUUCCAUAUAUUAUUACAAAUAGUCUUAUGUACUGUAAUGACCAACGUGCAUUACAACUAUAUACUGCCAUUUUAAUAUAUUAUUCAGUCAUAUAAUAAUUAUAUACCUGUUUACACAUUUAUAUAAAAAAUUGGUGCUAUGAAAUUGUUAAAAUUGUAUAUAAUCUUUUUGAAUAAGUCUAGGUAUUUGAGGGGCCAUUAUAAAAUAUCGGCUGUACCGACCGAUAUCUUACGUAUAUAUUAAACUUUACUGUUUAUUAAUAUAAACGUAACUAGCAUAAUAUACUAGACUACUUGAAAUAGCAAUGCAAAUUAAUGCAAGUGACUAAUUAGCUAUUAACACUAAUAAUUAGGUUGUAAUAUUUCUGCAAGUACCUAAGUCAUAUCCUAUUUUGUUUGUUAUUUUCCAUUUUGGAUUGUUUUUUUUUUUAUAUUGUAGAACCAGUUCUUAUAUUACGAAGCUACAAUUGUUUAUUUCAUUAUUAUUGGCAGAAUAUAAGGCCUCUGGGUGUAAAUAUUCCUUUGUUAACACUGUUAUAAUAAAUGUACACGUAAAAUUCUGAAAUAUACCGAAUUUAUUGUGAUAUAUUAUAAUUUAGAUUUAUUAUACUUAGUAAUACUGAUCUAUGACAAUUAUAUAAUAAAAUUGCUACUGUAUACAGA